CCAGAGCACCAGCGUUCCUCCCUGCACAAGACCAGGUUCAGCACAAUGGAAACUUUGAAUAAAGCAAACACGAGCUUUGCUCUCGACUUUUUUAAACAUGAGUGUCAGGAAGAUGGCGACAAGAAUAUUUUGUUCUCCCCUUUGAGUAUUUCAUCUGCCCUGGCCACUGUUUACUUGGGAGCCAAAGGUAACACCGCAGAUCAGAUGGCAAAGGUACUUCACUUUAACAAAGUUGAAGAGGCCAGAAACAUCACCACAACCAUAAAAAUGCAGGUCUACUCCAUAACACGAGAGCGUGUAUCAAAUGGACGUGCCUGUUUCCAGAAGACAGAAAUUGGCAAAUCGGACAAUAUCCAUACUGGGUUCAAAGCACUCAACUUUGAAAUCAACCAACCCACUCAAAAUUACCUACUUAAAAGUGUCAACCAGUUAUUUGGAGAAAAAACAUUGCCUUUCAGUAAGGAUUACUUACAGUUAGCCAAGAAAUAUUAUAAUGCGGAGCCACAAUCAGUUGACUUUGUGGGAGCAGCAGAGGAAGUCAGAAAAGAGAUCAACUCCAGGGUUGAACAUCAGACUGAAGGUAAAAUCCAAAAUCUGCUGCCUCCUGGAUCCGUAGAUUCGCUCACCAGAUUAGUUCUGACAAACGCCCUCUACUUCAAAGGAAACUGGGCAACAAAGUUUGAAGCUGAAGCUACCAGGCAAAGGCCUUUCAGAAUAAACACGCAUACAACUAAACCAGUGCCAAUGAUGCACCUGAGUGAUAAAUUUAACUGGACCUACAUAGAAUCAGUCCAGACUGACGUUCUUGAACUUCCAUAUGUCGAUAAUGACCUCAGCAUGUUUGUCCUGUUACCAAGUCACAUCACUGGCCUACAAAAGCUAGAAAGAGAACUGACUUUGGAAAACCUGUCUGCAUGGACCAGCCCAGAAUUAAUGGAGAAAAUGAAAACAGAAGUUUAUCUGCCCAGGUUCACAUUAGAAGAGAAAUACGAUCUCAAAACUACAUUGAGCAAGAUGGGGAUACAAGAUGCCUUCAUUGAAGGUCAAGCUGAUUUCACAGGAAUGUCACAGAAUGGUGACUUGUUUUUGUCACAAGUCUUUCACAAGUGUUAUCUGGAAGUCAAUGAAGAAGGCACAGAGGCUGCAGCUGCCAGUUCAGCAACACUGGCAUCCCGAAGUCUUGGUGCUGCAGUUAUUUUUGCGGCAGAUCACCCUUUCCUCUUCUUUAUCAGGCACAACAAGACCAAGAGCAUCCUCUUCUUGGGAAGGUUCUCUUCCCCCGUUGCAGCAAUGGAACUGGUAUCAACAUCAGUUGGCAAAUUUACAGUUGAUCUUUUCAACAAGCUGAAUGAGAACAACAAAGGCAAAAAUAUUUUCUUUUCCCCUUGGAGUAUAUCAUCUGCUCUGGCUCUGACGUACCUGGGUGCAAAAGGCGAUACAGCAACAGAGAUGGCAGAGGUUCUUCAUUUCCUUCAAGCAGCAAGAGAUGAAGGCUCUUCUUCUGUGGUCAGACCUUCUCGGGGGCGACCAAAGAGAAGAAAAAUGGACCCUGAGCACAAGCAAGCUGAAGAUAUCCAUUCUGGCUUCAAACAGCUCCUGACUGCUAUCAACAAACCCAGAAGCACCUACUCGCUGAAAAGUGCCAAUCGAAUCUACAUUGAAAAAACCUUCCCAUUACUGCCUAGAUACAUACAGCUCAGUAAGAACUACUACAAAGCAGAGCCAGAGAAGGUUAACUUUAAGACAUCACCGGAACCAUCCAGAAAGCAAAUUAACGCUUGGGUUGAAAAACAAACUGAGGGAAAAAUAAAGAAUUUGCUGGGUUCACAAGAUGUGACAAAAAUGACCAUGAUGAUCCUGGUAAAUGCCAUUUACUUCAAGGCAGAAUGGGCAACGAAAUUUCAAGCAGGAAAAACAGAUCUUCAACCCUUUCGACUGAGCAAGAACAAGACCAAGCUUGUGAAGAUGAUGUACAGGAGGGAUACAUUUCCAGUUCUCAUAAUGGAAACAAUGAAUUUUAAAAUUAUUGAGUUGCCGUAUGUGAAACAUGAACUCAGUAUGUUCAUCCUCCUUCCUGAUGACAUCAAAGACAGCACAACGGGUCUUGAACAGCUGGAAAGAGAACUGACGUAUGAGAAGCUAUCUGAAUGGACUGAUUCCAAGAAGAUGACUGAAACUCUUGUGGAUCUGUACCUACCUAAGUUCAAAAUGGAGGAGACAUAUGACCUCAGUGAUAAUCUGAUCAGCAUGGGGAUGCACAGUGCCUUCAGCAGCAAUGCUGAUUUCACUGCAAUGUCUGAGAAGAGUGCUGUGCAGAUCUCCAAAGUUUUUCACAAGUCUUUUGUUGCAGUUGAUGAGGAAGGCACUGAGGCAGCUGCUGCUACUGCUGUAAUUAUAGAACUAGCAAGUGCCCCUGUCAGCCAUGUUCUGAAAUUUAGGGUUGACCACCCUUUCCACUUCUUCAUCAGACACAACAAAUCCAAGACCAUCCUCUUUUUUGGCAGAUUCUGCUCUCCCCUAGAAUGA